ACAGGGCUCAGGGUUUAUUUUUGGACUGCCAUGGAGACUGUUUCUUCCAUUUGGAGGAAGGGGGUAGAGCUGAGCUCAACAUGAACUUCCCGCUCUGACACUCCGGGCUGGGACGAGCAGGCAGCAGCCAAGCGCCCCUGAGCUGCACCCUCACAGGGGACACAGUCUGGAGUGUUUGCCAUCUGUAAUAAGCUCUGUACCUGGGGUUGUUUUGUCAUGGCUGUCAGUUACAGCAACGUUACCCAGCCAGCCCUGCUUGCCCAGCAGUACCCUCCAGCCCUGCUGCCCAAGCCUGGCAAGGAUAACGCCCGGCUUCAGAAACUACUCAAGAAAUCCGCCAAGAAAAAGGCAGCACCUCAGACCAUACAGACACCAGCUCCUUUCCGCUCAAGUCUGUCUCCUGUGAACGAAGCGAGUGCCGACCUAGAGCACAGCGACCACUCCACUCCUCCCAAAACGCCAGAGACCCCUUCAUAUGCCUCGCAGCCUCCCAGGUUCAGUGUCAGACCGCUCUAUCAGCAUGUUUCAUCUCCCUAUCCUCAGCAACGGGGAAUUUCGUACGGCAGAAGAGCAUUGUUCUCCCCACAGCCCUUCUCUCCUCCAGCCAACGUGCACCCUCCGUACUUCUACACCCCUCCGCCCCAGCGCCCUCCGUACUUCUACACCGCUCCGCCCCCACACGCUGGGGUCCCGGUGGUGCCAGGGUCAGUCACUCAGGCAGUGACAACGCUGACACCUGGGCCAACUUCCUCUGUGUCUAAAAUAACAAUGCCAACUGUUGAAAUGAGAAUACCAGCUCCCAUUACAGUUGUUGAGACAGUCUCACACGCGAUCAUAAAACCUACUACUGUGAUAAGCCCGCUGAUGAAGCCUAGGAGUCCACGUCCGACAUUUAAAGCGUCGCUUUCUAGAUCACCCAAACCCAUGUUUGAGGUUCCUCAAAUUCAGAUGUAUACUGCAAAUACAUAUGAGGUAAUAAAAACUCCUCUGCAUGAUUCUACUGGAUUAUCUGCAAUUGGAGGCACAACAACACAAAGAAGAACUCCUACAUCAGAAAUAAGAAGAGGUCUGACACCUACAUCAGAAGUUAAAAGAGUUUUAACUCCUACAUCAGAAGUCAAAAUAGUUUUAACUCCUACAUCAGAAGUCAAAAGAGUUUUAACUACCACAUCAGAAAUCAAAAGAACUGUUACACCAACAUCAGAUGUGAAGAGAGGUCUAACUCCUACAUCAGAAAUUAAAAGAAAUGUGACACCAACAUUGGAGGUGAAGAGAGGUUUAACUCUUACGUCAGAAGUCAAAAGAGCUUUAACUCCUACAUCAGAAGUCAAAAGAGCUUUAACUCCUACAUCAGAAGUCAAAAGAGCUUUAACUCCUGCAUCAGAAGUCAAAAGAGUUUUAACUCCUACAUCAGAAAUAAAAAGAAGUGUGACACCAACAUUGGAUGUGAAGAGAGGUCUAACUCCUACAUCAGAAAUUUUAAGGCCUAAGACUCCAACUUAUGAUUCUUCAUCAUCAAGAACGUCUUCUGGCCGUCCAAAGACUCCAUCCUAUCAUGUCACUCGUUCCAAAACACCUGUUUUUGAAAUAUCACGACCCAAUCCACUUCUAUUUGCUGUCUCACCAAUUACUACAGAGACACAGAGAUCAAAACCACCUUCCCCGGUCUCUCCAACAGCUCCAACAACAGAGACCGAACCGUCAAAUGAGUUAGUGAAUGCUAAAAGUGCAGCUACACCAAAUGGAGUGAUUAGUUUACAUGAAAAUGUUUCUAAACCAGAUGCUCCCAGACCAGAGGCUAUAGACGUAGUCAAGUCCACAAGACCAAAGACCCCUACAGCUCCACUGGGCCAUCAGAGGCCCAAGACUCCGACAAAUGUUUCACCAAAACCAACAACAACCUCAUAUGGGUAUCAAAGACCCAGGACUCCUUCAUACGAGUCUCCUGUGGCACCAACCUAUGGAUAUCAGAGGCCUAAAACUCCCUUGUUUGAAGGGCCAAAACCUCCCACUCCUGCAACUCAGACGCCCAAAACCCUCACCUAUGAGCCUGCCAGGCCUCCAGUUCAGUCACUUAGAAAUCAGAGACCAAAGACUCCUAUUUAUGGAACGUCACCACAAGUCUCACCUCUAGCAUUUCAAAGGCCCAAAACACCAACCCACGUAGCCCACCAACCAAAGUCAACAUAUUAUGGAUUGACUCCUGCUGAAUAUGUUGCGCAUGGAGGAAUCCAAAGUUACACACCCUCAUUUGGGUUGUCUAGGUCUAAGACACCAACACAGGAAGAAUCUAAAAACACAGCACAUGCAUCGGAAGAAUCUAACACAGCUCAGCAGGAGACAGUCGGGAAAACACAACCUCUGGUUGAAGAAACCCACAAAGAGGACAAAACCGUUUUGAAACAGGAAGUGACAUCCACUCCAGCUAUGAUGGUUCCAACUAUAGUUGUUUCACAAGCUUCAGAUGUCACAACCGUUUCUUCACAUGAACCUCAGAUUGCAGAGACACCAAAAGUCCAAACUGUUUUACAGGAGACACCAAGAGUCCAAACUGUUUUACAGGAGACGCCAAGAGUCCAAACUGUUUUACAGGAGACGCCAAGAGUCCAAACUGUUGUACAGGAGACGCCAAGAGUCCAAAUUGUUGUACAGGAGACACCAAGAGUCCAAACUGUUUUACAGGAGACACCAAAGGUUAGUGCUCCAGAAACUAAAAUAGGGUUUAAAACCCCAGCAAAGAAGACAGAGCAAAGCCCAGUGCAUGAUGCCCCAAAGCCAAAGACACCUAUCACUGGCGUCAAACCACCCGUACUUCCUCCUGCAAACAUCUCUGACAGCAACAAAGCACCUCUUGCCAAAGAUGCAAAGCAAACCGCAGAAAAAGUACAUGGAACUGUCACGAAAAUCCCUCAAACACUCAAUCAAACAGUAGACACUAAAGAGCCACCCAAGAACAAAGCACCCAUCAAACAAGUUAACGGCACAAAAAUGGUAGAAACCGUGUCAACCACUUCAACUCCCGUUGAGAAGGACUCAGCUACUUCAAAGGCUGUUACUGAGAGUCUGAUGCCGAUCAAACAGAUGGACACAGACCAGGGCAAGGUCAAACCUGUUCCUGCCCUUGUUCCCUCCACACCUCCUUCAUCGGCCUCAGAGACGAAAGACACCGGCAAUGACUUGCCAGCAGCAGAGCCUCUUCUUAAAGUUAUUAAAAAACCAAAGGGCAUGAAAUCGAAACUCAGUGGUUGGUCACGCCUCAAGAAGCAUAUGGUGGUGGAGGUGGAGGAGCCAAAGUUUCCAGAGACGGAGAAUAAAAGUGAAGCCAAGAAGGAAGAUGGACCCAAGAUAAGUGAAACUAGAGAUGAUGAUAAAACGGCCGUGAAGGCGAGUGAGAAGUCGGGGAGCAAGGAUGGAGACGAGAGCGAACCACCGAAGCCCAAAACCCUUCAGAUGUGGGAUGCUGUCCUCUUCCAAAUGUUUUCCACCAAAGAGAACAUCAUGCAGCAGAUCGAAGCUAGCAAAAGUGAGGAUGAGAAAGAGGAUUUAAAGGAUGUAGCUAAAGAAGUCCCAGCAUUUGCUCAUCGUCUUCCCGUGCUUCUGUUCAGCCCGAGGUUUGACGCCAAGCGGCUGAGGGAGGCAGCAUCGAGGCCACUAACUAAAAUUUCAACCGUGUUUGAGAUGGGUUUGAUAGGUCGCAAAAACAAAGAGGAGGAACCAAAAGACUUUAACAGAACAGCACGAGGGUUCGCUGCUCCUUAAGCUACAUCUGCUUCGACUAGUAAAUUGAGAUGAACAUGUUUCAGUGUGUUAUUGUGUACAGGUGUAGAAAUUUUAGUGAUUAUGUACAGGUUCCGUGUCUCUGCUUGAAUCUGAAUGACCUUGGUGGCAGUUUCUAGAAGAAUUGGUCUGACGUUUAUACUUGACAAAUAUGCCAGCUGUGUGACUGAUUGUUUCACCGUUAGUUUCGUGUCUUCAUGUCCCUUUUUCUGGUAUAUGAAACAAUUCCCUUCAUAAAAAGGAGAAGAGAUAUCUUUGUCUUAAAGGAUUUUAGACUUCUUCUGCGAGAGAAUUAAAGUGUACAUGAUUUAAUUAA